AUGUGGUUGGUGCUGAGCGGGGUUCCGCUCGCGGGUGGAGGCGAUGGUUGCUGCGAUGACUUCACACCGCCUUCUACGUUUCCCACCACCUACCAUCAACCACUCUCCUACACACUAUUCAACAUGUCGAACACUGAUUGGGACAGCAAAACCGUGAUUGGUCGGGGUGUUCGACCUUCCGGUGGCUCUGGCGGCUCAUCUGGCCCUACCGCAUACGAGCGAGCCAAGCAAGUUGGCGCCAUCACGGACCUCGAUCGAAAAGUCACGGCGGGUACCAACAAGGGCCACGUCGGAACGGAUCACCAGCGCAUCGCAAAGCUCGACAGGGACAACGAAGUUGCACCUCCCCCCAAGGUUGCUCCCACCGUAGGCAAGACGAUCGGCCAAAAGAGACAGGAAAAGGGCCUCACCCAGAAGGAUCUGGCAACCAAGAUCAACGAGAAACCCCAGGUGAUCCAGGAAUACGAAAGCGGCAAGGCUGUACCCAACCCGCAGAUCUUGGCAAAGAUGGAACGCGCUCUCGGAGUUAAGUUGCGAGGCAAGGAUAUCGGUGCUCCCCUCGGCGGUCCCAAGAAGAAGUAA